UUCCGUUCCUUUUCAUCGCCAUUUUCUCUUCAGCAAGAUGCCGAAGAUUGUGUGUAGUAAAACCUACACGACUCCAAGGCGUCCCUUCGAGAAAGAGCGCCUGAAUCAAGAGUUAAAGAUUAUUGGAGAGUAUGGACUUCGUAACAAACGCGAAGUGUGGCGUGUGAAGUACACCCUGGCGAAGAUUCGUAAGGCUGCCCGUGAGCUUCUGACAUUGGAGGAGAAAGACCAGCGAAGGUUGUUCGAAGGCAAUGCCCUUUUGCGUCGUCUUGUGCGUAUUGGCGUGCUCGACGAGAGUCGAAUGAAGCUCGAUUACGUGUUGGGUCUGCGUAUUGAAGAUUUCUUGGAGAGGCGCCUUCAAACGCAAGUGUUUAAGCUUGGUUUAGCUAAGAGUAUUCACCACGCUCGUGUUCUGAUCAGGCAAAGACAUAUUCGGUAAGUCUUAUCAGACCAAACUGAUG